GGCAGCCCAGGGUUGGGCUGCUGGGGCGCAGCCAGAGCUGUGGCGAGGCGGGGAGGGGCCGGCCCGCUGGCCUUGGGGAUCUUUAAAUUCUCCUGCUCUUGGGCGGCCUGUGCUCUCUUACCUAUUUGUCUGCAGCGAGCGCCUCACUGGUCUGCUCUCCCAAGCACUCCAGUCCUCUACUUUAGGUGGGAGAUGCUGUUGCUCGAUUGCAACCCCGAGGUGGAUAGUCUGAGGCAUCUGCUGGAGACCGGGGCCUCCGUCAACGCACCCCCAGAUCCCUGCGAGCAGUCGCCUGUCCACUUGGCCGCAGGUGGCGGCCUUGCUUGCUUUCUUCUCUGGCAGCUGCAGGCCGGCGCUGACCUCAACCAACAGUUUCCUCAAACAAUAGACUUCACCCACCAACUUCCACUAGUGUUUCGGGGAGAGACUAAAAUGUGUUUUGUCUGUAAGGAUGUUUUUGGAGAAGCUCCACUACACAAGGCAGCAAAAGUUGGAAGCAUGGAAUGCCUCAGCCUGCUUGUAGCCAGUGACGCCCAAAUUGAUUUAUGUAAUAAGAAUGGGCAAACAGCUGAAGAUCUUGCUUGGUCAUGUGGAUUUCCAGAAUGCGGCAAGUUUCUUACAACAAUUAAAUGUAUGCAGACAAUAAAACCAAGUGAACAAUCCAAUAAAGAUCAUUGUGUUCCAGUGCUCAGACAGAAACGAAGUUUUGGAAGUGAAGAAGAUACAAAUGGGAAAAGGAAGUGUUGAUGUCGUAUUGGUUAUGAAGAGGUGUGGAGAAGGUCUUCACCUCAUGCAGAUCUACUGCUCAGCUACAAGCUAUGGCUUUUGGCUCAUCAAGUGUGUCUAAACACCUUCUAAGAAGGAGGAAAACUUUCUUCUAAGUGAAGAUAACAUUCAAGAAUACAUGUAUUUACAUGCCUGUAACGUUCUGGUUGUGCAUGCUUUGUCUUUUAAUUUAUUAAAGGAAUGUCUAAAGAAUAAA